AUGAUGCACACCCCUCUCAGCAUAGUCAACCCUUUACACCCCACUCAGCAUACUCCACUCUCUGCUCUCCACACUCCAUGCUCCACACCCCUCUCUACAUACUCCAUGCCCCACUCAGCAUACUCCACACUCCGCUCUCCACGCUCCACUCAGCAUACUCCACUCUCCGCUCUCCAUGCUCCACACCCCACUCAGCAUACUCCACCCUCUGCUCUCCAUGCUCCACGCCUCACUCAGCAUACUCCACCCUCUGCUCUCCACGCCCCACGCCCCACUCAGCAUACUCCACCCUCUGCUCUCCACGCCCACUCCACUCACUCAGCAUACUCCACCCUCUGCUCUCCACGCCCACUCAGCAUACCCACCCUCUGCUCUCCGCCCCACUCAGCAUACUCCACCCUCUGCUCUCCACGCCCCACUCAGCAUACUCCACCUCUGCUCUCCACGCCCACUCAGCAUACCCACCCUCUGCUCUCCACGCCCACUCAGCAUAGCCCUCUCCACCACUCAGCAUACCCACCCCUCUGCCUCCACGCCCCCACUCAGCAUACUCCACCCUCUGCUUUUCCACCCCACUCAGCAUACUCCACCCUCUGCUCUCCACGCCCCACUCAGCAUACUCCACCCUCUGCUCUCCACGGCCCACUCAGCAUACUCCACCCUCUGCUCUCCACGCCCCACUCAGCAUACUCCACCCUCUGCUCUCCACGUCCCACUCAGCAUACUCCACCCUCUGCUCUCCACGCCCCACUCAGCAUACUCCACCCUCUGCUCUCCACGCCCCACUCAGCAUACUCCACCCUCUGCUCUCCACGCUCCACGCCCCACUCAGCAUACUCCACCCUCUGCUCUCCACGCUCCACGCCUCACUCAGCAUACUCCACCCUCUGCUCUCCACGCUCCACGCCUCACUCAGCAUACUCCACCCUCUGUUCUUCACACUCCACACCCUACUCUUCAUACUCCACACUGCUUAUUACAAAUCCCUGCCCCAUCUUACUUUCACUAGUACAUCUCAAGUUUCCCUCUGAUGACUACUGA